AUGCUUGAUAUCUUUGUCGUUGUCUACUUGGAUGACAUUCAGAUUUUUUCCCAAACCCUGCAGGAGCAUCAGCAGCACGUCCGGCUCGUGUUGCGAUGCCUGCUUGAGAACCGCUUUUUUGUCAAGGCUGAAAAAUGUGAGUUCCAUAAUUCCUCAGUAGGAUUUUUAGGUUACAUAAUUGAGAAGGGGCAUGUUUGGGCUGACUCCAAGAAGGUUGAGGCAGUGACAGAGUGGGCUCAACCCACCACCUGGACGGAACUGAGCCAGUUUCUAGGGUUUUGGGGAUUGUACCGCUGUUUCAUCCAGAACUUCAGCAAGGUACCUGCUCCCCUCCAUGCCCUCACCUUGACGCUCCAUCCCUUUAAGUGGACCGAUGAGGCUAGUGUGGCUUUCAACGCCCUGAAGGAGAGAUUUGUCUCAGCCCCCGUUCUCAUCCACUCCAACACGGACAGCCCACUCAUCGUGGAGGUGGAUGCAUCACACUCAGGUAUCGGGGCGGUGCUCUCUCAGCGUUCAGAGACUCAUAAAUUGCUCCAUCCCUACGCAUGCUUUUCCAGGUGA